AUGGAACAAAAUCUACCGGUUUUGCCCAAGAAAGUUUGGAAUCUGGUUUGUGUGGUUUACUUCAUGCUGCGAAAAGGCAUAUCCAAGAGAAAGUUGUUGCUGGAUCUCAACAUGAUGAUAAAGCGUGGCAAGAUCGCCGGAAAAGCCUUACAGAACCUUAUGUUCCACCACCAUAACAACCGGGCAUCUUUCACCACCAACCACCGCUCCCACCACCUCUCUUUCCUUUCACCUCCGCCUGGUGAAUAUGAGUUCAGCUGCAGCAACAGCCCUGCGCCCACUAGUAACCACCCUUUCUCUCUAUUUUCAUUCCACAAGAAACAUCACUCCAACAGCAAACCAUCGAAGGAUCAUCUUGAUAUGAUGGCUGUUAACGCUGUGCUUAAAGCCAUGGAGAUGAUUCACAGCGACAAUUCAUCACCGGCGCUUCCAGGGUUUGGGAGUACACCGAUGGUUAGGCAGCUGAGGGUAACCGACUCUCCGUUUCCGUUAAGUAGUGUGGACGAGGACAACCAGGUGAAUGAUGCGGCUGAGCAGUUCAUUAGCCGGUUCUACCAUGACUUGCGGGUGCAGAAUACGAAUGCGUCGUUUGGAUCAUCGUGA